AUGGCACCUUCUUCAACGACCCCCAAUUUCUCAAGACCGCUGCCUUCUCCUAUGUCGAUCGGUGUCCUGGGAAGCCCGGUCAAAAUUUCAAAGAGACAACUUGCAUUGAGAGAACUGCCAAAUUCAGCCUCUCUGGCAGGCAUGCCACAUGCGGUGCAGGCAAAGGAGCCUUCUCCCAGCAAGAGAGUGUUUGACACAGCAACCAACACCCAUGUGCAAGACAAACCGGCAGACACCAACACACGGAAAGGCGCUAGUACUGAUGAGUCUUGUGUGGUGCAGCACAACAGAAGACUGUCGAAUUCCAGUUUGAAGAGUGCAUCUGCAUCCAGCGUGAGUGAUCGCAGCGUUGACCUGGGUGGUCUCGACAAGCCUAUCUCUAACUUCCGUCCUUACUUGUGGCGCCUCCUUGAACGCGAGCGUGACGUUCUUAACCUUGAUCUCUUCUGGCCGAUCAAAGUCAAUGAAGAAAGCGAUGAAGAUGAAGAGGACGACGAAAACGGCGACAGCAACGGCGACGGCGACCCCAAGGGCGUCUUCCCUUUCAAAGACCUCAAGCCUCUCACCGAAUUCCGUCAUCUACGCCACCUCCAACUCAACGGAAUGAUGAGAUCCUACCAACCUUUGAUCUGGGCCACUUGCUGGGUCAACAAAGAUCUCACCAGAGUCCAUCUCGAAAUGGCCCUGGAGCCCGUCAUCAACGAAGACAUCAUGCACAAGUACCGCAACAUCGAUCGAAACUGGAUCUACGACCGUUUAUCCAUCACGCCAGUCGACUGUGAAUACCUCGGAUCUCAUGGAGAUGGCACUUUGCACGAAGAGUUUGGAGAGGGCGAAUAUCUCGAUCAACAAGCCAUGAAGGCAGCACAGAUCAACAUGGUUCGCACACUUCCUCUGGAAAACUUGCGCUAUCUACCAAUCACUCACCUCACCCUGAUGAAUUUUGUCGUGGAUGGUGGCCCAUUCUUCCGCUGGUUUGAUCCCAAUAAGCUCAAAGAGAUCAACUUCCGCGGUGACUGCAUUGAUGCCGGCUUUUCGUUGCCUCACGAGAUGAAACUGAGCGUUCGCGUCACUUCCCCAAAGCCUCCACCUGCUGCCAGAUGGGUCAAGCCGGGUGAGGUUAAGCUCAUCGAUAUCAACCGCCCGAAGACAGCCAGCACCAGUGCAAGUGGCUGUGGAAGUGGUGGUUCUGUCGGAUUAAAGGGCAAGCUCAACCAAAUGAUGCCAAAAUGGGUGGCCAAGUCGAAGGAUAAAGACAGCAAGACGCAGGACAAGGUAGCAGACCAGGAGGUCCAACAACUCGAGCAGGAAGUGUCGCGCAUGGGCCUUCGAGAGUGA